ACGUCGACACAAAAGAUACAUAUUCACUACUUCCAUUCCAAUGGGUGAUAUAUGGGUAUAGUCUUUCACCAUCAUCAUCAUCAUCAUCAUCAUCAAUCCACCGUAUGAUCAAUCGCACGUUUCAGAUUCUUCCACGUCACCUUACUCACCUUCACUUUCUUCAACCUUCCCUAUAUUAAAAACCAUCUCAAUUCCAUCAUCAUCUUUUUUAUGUUAUUUAUAAAUGAUGAUAUCUUUUCACCAUCAUCAUCUGGAAUAAUAAUAUUACAAAUGCAUAUAUAGCUCAGCAAUUGUAAAUAGCUGUGUUCUGGAAUAGUUAGGAAAAUUGUGUAAACAAUGAGUAGGUCAAGAAAGUCGGUUAAUAGGUGCAGGCCGGAUAGUGAGAUAGGCGGUAGGGCGCCCUCCGCCGAUGAGGGCUUAUCGGAUAUCGCAGUAGCUACAAAACUUAGUUCAAAACCCCAUCGGUUUUUAGGCCGAAUGUUGCCUGGGAAGUCAGAAGGGGUACCUAUUAUUUCCCCUGUUAAAAUGUUGGCAGGGCGAGAGGGUAAUUAUAGUGGGAGGAGUAGGUUUACUACAUCCGACCGGUGUCAUCUUUCGAGUAGAUAUUUGCCCGUCAACGGUCCUUCUUUGAUCGAUAGAAUGUCAAGUUGUGCUUAUGUUUCUCAGUUUUCGGCCGACGGUACUCUUUUUGUUGCAGGAUUUCAGGAUAGUGAUAUUAAGAUAUAUAAUGUCGAUAGUGGUUGGAAAGUUAAGAAAAACAUCCGGGCUAGAAGCCUGCGGUGGACAAUAACAGAUACAUCUCUUUCACCCGAUCAACGUUUCCUUGUUUAUUCUAGUAUGUCCCCUAUGGUCCACAUAGUGGACAUUGGUUCAACUAUGACUGAUUCUGUUGCAAAUGUAACGGAGAUACACGAGGGUUUGGAUUUUUCUGAUGAUGAUGAUUACUCCUUUGGGAUUUUUUCUGUAAAGUUUUCAACAGAUGGGCGAGAGGUUGUAGCUGCAAGUAGUGAUGAUGCAAUAUAUGUUUACGAUCUUGCAGCCAACAAGUUAAAUGUUCGCAUACCAGCACACACGUCUGAUGUUAAUUCUGUUUGCUUUGCUGAUGAAGCUGGUCAUGUCUUAUAUUCUGGGAGUGAUGAUCACCUCGUUAAGGUAUGGGAUAGGCGAUGUCUUGGCUCACGAGAAUCCGGUGUUCUCACUGGACAUCUUGAAGGCAUUACAUUUAUUGAUAGUCAUGGAGAUGGCCAUUAUCUAAUUUCGAAUGGAAAAGAUCAGACUAUUAAGCUGUGGGAUAUUCGAAAAAUGUCCUCCAAUUUUCGCCUCAACUCACUCCCCACACAUGUUGAGUGGGAUUAUAGAUGGAUGGAAUAUCCCUCACACUUGAGAAACCGUAGACAUCCAAAUGAUCAAUCACUCAUGACAUAUAGAGGUCAUAGAGUCUUGCGCACACUCAUAAGAUGUUACUUCUCCCCAUCAUAUAGCACCGGCCAAAAGUACAUAUACACAGGAUCUGCUGAUGGCCAGAUUUAUAUCUACGAUCUGGUGACAGGAGCUAAAGUUGCAAGGCUGAGGUACCAUGACCAAAUUGUAAGGGAUUGCAGUUGGCAUCCUUUUAACCCUAUGCUUGGCAGUUCAUCAUGGGAUGGGGCAAUUGCUAACUGGGAAUUAAGCCCGUUGCCUGAGAAACGAAACUGAGACUGGUGGUUUGUUUCAUCAAUGUAUCACGUCUAAAAAUAAAUAGUCUCAUGUGCAUAUAUUAGUGUCACAAUAUGGUAGGCAACAAGUGUUGUAUUUGUACUCUAAGCCUGCUGUCUUUCAUGGUUUCAAACUUUCAAUCCUUGUUGCUCCAUCAAUCAGCGGACACACUUUUUUGUAUACAUGUUAGGGAAAUGUUUUGUCACUUUUGUGCUUUGUGUCAGACACUAUGUUCAACACUAGCCCGUUUGGUUCCAAUAAUGUAUGUGGAAUGGAUUUUGAUU